AUGAACCUGUGGUCGAAGUUCGUCGACCAAACUCAUGCUUAUCCUACGCGCAAAGCCGACUACGAGAACCGCAAAGCCAACCAGGAGAACAGCAAAACCAACUACGAGAACCUCAAAGCCAACUACAAGAAUGAACUGCAAAGCCGACUACGAGAACUGCAAAGCCGACUACGAGAACCUCAAAGCCAACUACGAGAACUGCAAACCAACUACAAGAAUGGCAAAGCCAACUACGAGAACCGCAAAGCCAACUACGAGAACUGCAAAGCCGACUACGAGAACUGCAAAGCCGACUACGAGAACUGCAAAGCCGACUACGAGAACCUCAAAGCCAACUACGAGAACUGCAAAGCCGACUACGAGAACUGCAAAGCCAACUACGAGAACUGCAAAGCCAACUACGAGAACCAACUGCAAAGCCGACUACGAGAACUGCAAAGCCGACUACGAGAACCUCAAAGCCAACUACGAGAACUCAAAACCAACUACGAGAACCUCAAAUCCAACUACAAGAAUGGCAAAGCCAACUACGAGAACUGCAAAGCCAACUGCGAGAACCUCAAAGCCAACUACAAGAAUGGCAAAGCUUACUGCGAGAACUGCAAAGCCAACUGCGAGAACUGCAAAGAUAGCAACCCCGGACUGCUGCCACAUCGCUGGUAG